GUCACGCAAAAUGGCCGCGCCCUGCGUGGUUUUUCCCGUCGCUUAGGCAGGCUGUGCGUUUCCAGCAGCAUGUUCCCCCUGCGAGCCCGCGGCCUCAGGGUCGCAGCGUCCCUCAGCAGACAGCACCUUCCGUCGGCCCGGCUCAGCGGCGACGGCGCGGCGCCCGGCUGCCCGCACUUCGACGUGGUGGUCGUCGGCGGAGGUCACGCCGGGACCGAGGCUGCCGCCGCCGCCGCGCGCUGCGGCUCCCGGACUCUGCUCCUCACGCACCGCGCGGACACGAUCGGUCAGAUGUCCUGUAAUCCUUCCUUCGGUGGCAUUGGGAAGGGACAUUUAAUGAGGGAAGUGGAUGCCUUGGAUGGCCUGUGUUCUCGUAUCUGUGACCAGUCUGGUGUGCAUUACAAAGUCCUAAAUCGGCGUAAGGGGCCCGCUGUGUGGGGACUACGAGCUCAGAUUGAUAGGAAACUCUAUAAACAAAACAUGCAGAGAGAAAUCCUGAGUACGCCGCUGCUCACUGUCCAGGAGGGAGCCGUGGAGGAUCUCAUUCUCACAGAGCCAGAGCCUGGGCACGCUGGGAAGUGCCGUGUCCGUGGUGUUGUUUUGGUGGAUGGAAGCACAGUCCAUGCAGAGAGUGUGGUCCUGACCACUGGGACGUUUCUGAGAGGCCUGGUUGUGAUUGGACUGGAGAUGCACCCCGCGGGGCGGCUGGGGGAUCAGCCCUCUGUAGGGCUGGCUCAGACGCUGGAGAAGCUGGGCUUUGUGGUGGGACGGUUGAAGACAGGGACUCCACCCCGGCUUGCCCGAGAUUCCAUUGAUUUCAGCGUUCUCAAGGCGCAGACUCCGGAUGAUCCGUCUGUACCAUUCAGCUUUCUCAGUGAGACAGUGUGGAUUAAGCCUGAAGAUCAGCUGCCCUGUCACCUGACUCACACCAACCCCAGAGUGGACGCCAUCAUCCUCGAGAACCUUCACCUCAACAGCCAUGUGAGGGAAACAACGAAAGGGCCCCGGUACUGCCCCUCCAUCGAAUCCAAGGUUUUGCGUUUUCCAAACCGCAUGCAUCAGGUUUGGCUGGAACCUGAAGGACUGGACUCUGACCUUGUCUACCCUCAGGGGUUGUCGGUGACGCUGCCGGCCGAGUUGCAGGAGAAGAUGAUCACGUGCAUCCGAGGCUUGGAGAAAGCCAGAGUGGUCCAGCCCGGCUACGGUGUUCAGUAUGAUUACCUCGACCCCCGGCAGAUCACGCCUUCCCUGGAGACCCGUUUGGUUCAGAGGCUUUUCUUUGCCGGACAGAUCAACGGCACCACGGGUUAUGAGGAAGCCGCUGCGCAGGGUGUGAUAGCCGGAGUGAACGCCAGUCUUCGGGUCCGCUGCAGGCCGCCCUUCAUUGUCAGCCGAACGGAAGGCUACAUCGGCGUCUUGAUCGACGACCUCACCACACAUGGCACCAGUGAGCCCUACCGCAUGUUCACCAGCCGCGCCGAGUUCCGCCUGUCGCUGCGCCCGGACAACGCCGACAGCCGGCUCACGUUCCGAGGGUACAAGGACGCUGGCUGUGUGUCCCAGCAGCGGUACGACAGAGCUGCGUGGAUGAAGACAUCCUUGGAAGAAGGCCUUUCUGCGUUGGAAUCCAUUGAGUUUUCAAGCACCAAGUGGAAAAAGUUAGUCCCACAGGCUUCUAUAAGUACCAGCAGGAGUGACCCUGUCAGAGCUCUCGAUGUCCUGAAGUAUGAGGAAGUUGACAUGGAGUUACUGGCCCAGGCCGUUCCCGACCCGCUGGCGAAGUACACUGAAUGCAGAGAGCUAGCCGAGAGGCUGAAGAUAGAAGCCUCUUAUGAAUCCGUACUGCUCCAUCAACAAGAAGAAAUAAAGGAAGUUCAGCGAGAUGAGGCUCUGCAGCUGCCGGAAGACCUGGACUACAUGAGCGUCACAGAUGUGUCCUUGUCCCAUGAGGUUCGGGAGAAGCUGCAUUUCAGUCGUCCGCAGACGAUUGGCGCUGCCAGUCGUAUACCAGGAGUGACACCCGCUGCCAUCGUUAAUCUGCUCAAGUUUGUGAAGGCCACCCAGCAGAGACAGGCAGUGACGAACGGGCCACCCCGGACUGCUCCACACUCACAUGACGCAAGCAAACGGCAAGAGUUAUAGCUCUCGGUGCACAAAAAACUUUAUAAGAAUGUGAAUAAUUUCAUCUGUACAAAAGUGUAAAUAGAGAACUAUUUUAACAUGGACGUGCCUUAUGAAGGUUGACAUUCACAUAUAAAAUAAAACAAUCAUAGUUGUGCUUU